AAGGAGAGAGUGAGCUUUGGCAGAGUAACAUUUUGCAGGCGAAGGGAGAGGCAGCGGCAUAAUCGAGCUCCCGGCUGGCGUGAGAGAAUCUUUGCACGCGCAGCCAAGCUCCAGUUCUUUCCAGUCUGAGUGCUGGUGCAAACUACAAAGUUUAAAGAAGCAGGUUGCUACCAUCCCGUUGCAAGCUGAAGUUCUUUUGCAUUGCAACAUAACUUCGGGCAGGGGGGAAAGAAGAAAGAGGAGGGGAAAGAGAACCCUUUGCUUUCCUCCCUCCUCACCAAUCGAAUCUCAACUCGCAUCGUCGCUUGAUAUGAAUGACAACUAUCAGCUGAACAGGAUGGCAACUUUGGAUGACAACAACAACGCCCCAGGUGGCGUGAUCAGUUACAUUGGUUCCAAUGGAUCUUCCCCAAGCCGCACCAGUCCCAUCUCUUUGUGUGGCAGUGACAGUUUGAAUGGUAGCUGCCAACUGUUUUCCCAUCCAACUUUCCCCAACUACUUCCCACCUUCACCUGCAGGAUCUCUGGUGCAGGAUUCUGGACGCCUUUAUGGGAGUAAUUCGACUGGACUUAGUGAUGAUGCCUCCCCGUCGUCGUCUUCCUCCUCUUCCUACAGCUCUGGAGGUUCUCCAGUGGGACUCCAAGUGACCUUGGAUGAUGGGAGGCGUGUUUCCCCUAUCAAAAGCACCAGCAGCAGCAUCACGAAACUCAAUGGGAUGGUCCUUCUAUGUAAAGUUUGUGGUGAUGUUGCUUCUGGCUUUCAUUAUGGUGUCCAUGCCUGUGAAGGCUGCAAGGGUUUCUUUCGGCGCAGCAUUCAGCAGAAUAUCCAAUACAAAAAGUGCCUGAAAAAUGAGACCUGCAGCAUUGUCCGCAUCAACCGGAAUCGUUGCCAGCAGUGUCGCUUUAAGAAGUGUCUGAGGGUUGGCAUGUCUCGUGAUGCCGUACGAUUUGGGCGCAUCCCCAAGCGUGAGAAGCAAAGGAUGUUGGCUGAGAUGCAGAGCGCAAUGAACAACAUGGCUAAUAAUCAACUGAGUGCACAGUGCCUCCCUGAGAAUCUCCCCACAGGACAUCCGCAGCCCAGUACCCUCUUGCUGGGCCACCAGUCUCAACCGGCACCUUCUUCCCCACCAUCCCGUGCAGCCUCCCCUCCCCAGAUUUCUCCUUGCUACUCCCAGCAACUGACACCUCCACGAUCCCCAAGCCCUGGAGAUGUCAUGGAGGAUGUCAUCGCACAAGUGGCUAAAGCCCACAAAGAAAUUUUUGUUUAUGCCCAUGACAAACUGGCCACAGGGCCCCAACCACCCACAGGGAGUAACAGUUCUCCUAGUUGGGACAACAAUUGGUUGAUUAAUGGCACCAAUGGGCUGCAUCUUCAGAAUGACAACUGGAAUACUGGCUCUGCCUCUAGACCUGCUUGCCAUCAGAAUAUCCAUGGACAUAGGUUUUGCCCCUCUGGGGAAACAGACCUCUCCCUUAAGCAAGAUGAAACCAGAGUCUUGGCUUGCCCAGUGAAUUGUCAUCCUCAUGGUUAUAGUGGCCGCACAUUUCAGGAGAUUUGGGAGGAUUUCUCACUGAGCUUUGUGUCAGCUGUACGAGAAGUUGUGGAAUUUGCUAAACACAUUCCGGGAUUUCAGGAGCUGUCACAACAUGACCAAGUCUCACUACUCAAAGCUGGCACAUUCGAGGUGCUGAUGGUUCGGUUUGCCUCCCUUUUCAAUGUCAAGGAGCAAACUGUAACGUUCAUGAGCCGCACAAAGUACAACCUUGAAGAGUUGUGGGGGAUGGGCAUGGAUGACUUGUUAACAUCCAUGUUUGAGUUCAGUGAGAAGCUUAGUGCCUUGCAACUAUCUGAAGAAGAACUGGGCCUCUUCACAGCAGUGGUGCUGAUCUCUGCAGAUCGCUCAGGCAUUGAGAACCCAGCAUCGGUGGAGCGGCUGCAGGAAACACUGAUCCGGGCGCUGCGAGCCCUCAUCCUCAAGAAUCACCCCCAGGAGACAUCCCGCUUUACUAAACUGCUCUUGAAACUGCCUGAUCUGCGCACCCUCAACAUGCACUCCGAAAAGCUUCUCUCCUUCCGCAUUGAUGCUCAGUAGAAGAUAGCGAGGGCAGAAAUACUGCGAGUCCAGGCUCCUGACCAAUUCUCCCUGCUUUAUUGCACUAACCAGACUAUUUUGGGCCUGGACCUGGCUAUCUAUUUAUGCGGGCAUAGCAACUGCUACUUCUGCCUGCUCAGAAACAAACAGCACAAACGCCUUUGUAAAUAUAUCCGUGUAUAUUGGAACUGUGUGAAGAGAAUACCCCUCUUCCUGGCUGUGGUGCCAACUUCAGGAGACAAAUACAAUGAAAUCAAAUUCUCUGGGUGGUUGUCUUCCUUCUUUUGUUCACUUGUUGCUCUCUCAAAUUGAAACUGCUGUGGGGAUUGGGAUCAAGUGUGGCAUGAUCCUUUGGCUGCCACCAGAUGGAAAGCAAAUCUUAAGAAAGAGGUGGAUAACUGGAGCCCCACUGGCUUUUUCAGGGAGGGUGAUGUGGUUUGAAGUCCUGUAAAAACUGCUAGGUGAGCAAGCUCACCUGCCUUAUUGAUUCCUUAAAAUGCUCAUCUUUUUUAACUUUUCCUUUGGUGUAGGAGACCUACAAAUUCCUUUUGUAAUACAUGCCACUUAAACGGCUUCAAUAAUUUUGAAAUAAUGUCCCUUGUCAGUAGAAAUGCAAGGGAAAUAACUAAACCACCUUUUUUGAAAUACUCCUGACUAGCAAAAAGAAAAAAAGAAUAAAUGAUCACCCAUUAUCAGAUUAAAUUUAAAUAAAAUGAGGCAAUUAGGUAUGCUGGCAAAUUGGCCUCUCUUUCCACAGCUUGGUGAACUUUCUGUGUGUAGGAGAGGUUUUACCCAUUAAGAGAGGCUUUGAUGGGUAAAAUAGUUAGAAGAGAACAGAUUUCAGCCCAACCUUGUACUCAGUUUUGGCGAUUAAAAGAAAGGAUGUUAUGCCAGCCACCAUUUUACCAGAAAUGAAACACCAAAAGUCAGUUGGGGCUGUGAGGUUUUUUUUUUGUCUUUGUUUAAGGGUAGGUUUGUUUGUUUUUUAAUCAUAUAUUUAUUACAUAAAUAUAUAGUAAAAUAGACCAGCAACAAUUACCAUAAAAAUAUCUUUCUUUAAAAUCCUGACCAAAAACACAAAAAGGGUUAUUUUUUUCCCCUGCCCCAGACUUUUCAGGGUUAUUUUUUUUUUCAAAAUCGCACGUCACAGACAAAUUGUGAUUGUCGUAUUUUUUACAUCAGCAGCUUCCUGCUUCCCAGAUGCAAAAAAAGGAAAAGGAAAGGAAGAAAAACAGAAAUAGAAAAAAGAAAAAGACACUAAGGGAGAAGGGGGAAAGGGAUGAGGCAGAGGGAACACUUUCCCCACCUGGUUUUUCCUUCCCUCUGGACUCUUCCCCCAUAACCCAACCCCCCUUCAGAAAACCCCAUCUCCCAAAUGUACAUUCACUAACUCCCUGCUCACAGUUUCUUUCCCUGCUCUGGACUGCGAGGGGGAAAACCACGAUGCAUAGUAUAUUGGGGGUUUAAGUAUAAAGUUAAGUAAAAAGUUGCCUCCUUAUUGGAAACUCCUUUUUAUUCUUCCAUAAUCUUUGAUGAUAAUCUGGAUUCAAAUUUUUUUUUAAAAAAAACCCUUUUAGAAAGAAAGACUGGCUGGGGUGAUGGUGAAGAAGGUAGUGGGAUACCAUUUAUAGGAUUGCAUGAGGUAUGUAUUGGCAAAGAAAUACUGAGAGGAGGUGUGGGAAUAAUAAUCAGUUUCUCUCUCUCCCCCCCCCUCCCCCAACAUGAAUAAGUGUAUAAUGGGGAAAAAUCUGCUUCUUACCCACAGUCAUUAAGUGCCCCGCGUGGAUGGAGGAAGGAAUUUUGGGCCACUGCCCUAAGAAGCAACACCUUUACUACAGAUUGCUUCUCCUAUAGGAGUAGUAUGGCGUACAAAAGAGGUGGGAGAGAUACUGUGUUCCUUGCACUGAACUCUGGGUAAAAUGUGAGCAUGGCAUGACAGGAAAGAAUGACACCUGAGGUGGCAAAGUAUCAAAGUAUGAAGUGUCGUGGGAGGGAUUCACACCCUGAGAUUUUCACAUCACGUUAAGGAUAAGUUAUGACUUGGGCAGCAGCCUAUGUACCCUCCUACCCCAGCUGACAUAAGAUGGGGGACAGUGCCCUCUCUAGGUAAACUGGCACAAAGGAAUUAAGUCAGAGGCCUCCUUUCUCCAUUAGCAGCUUUCUUGCGUAGAGUGUCUUGCAUAUAUAAAUCUCUAGUACAAAGGGGGGUGGGGGGGAAUUCUACCUUUCUGCAUUCAAACUCCUUAUGCAAAAGCUAUUUCAGCUCCCCUUAGGAGGUGGUGUUAUGUAUGUGCUGGUGGAGAGAAGAGAGUGUUCUAAAUGAGG